GAUUUAGUGAUUAACAAAAUAUUUAGUGGGAAAAUUGGUGAUUUAUUUGAAAUUUGGGGAACUGAUUCAAGCAAAACUGGAAGAACCGACCAAAAUCAAGUCGUGUUCAAAACAGGACAGGAGAUUUCUCAUUAAAGAGAGGUCUGGAUCAGUCACUGUCCUGUGAUUGGUCCUGUGGUGAAGCAAGCAUCUAGAUUGAUGACCACUCCACUGUUCUCAGGGCAAGACAGGAAGCACCCAGAUACACACCUGAAACUUGCCCAUACUUGAUCCCAGCUAUGUGACUCUAUCUCGUCGACUAUCUCUGAUAAUGUACAAAGCAUCACCAAAUUGUAGUCAGGACAAGAUUUCAGAGUCUAAUCAUCCCGCAGGUUCUUCCAGGAAUUCACAUACCUGCCUGGACGAGAAAGAGCUGAAAGAGCUGGCCUCCUUCCUGCUCACAGAUGAUGAUGAUGAUGAUGAUGAUUCUCUUCAAACGGACUUCUUUCAGCGAGUGUAUCAGACAUAUGAGACAGUUGUCGUGUGGGUUUGGCUCCACCGACCUCACCGACUGCCCCGAAAGAACACGUUCAAGCCGUUUCUCUGAAAACCGCGAUGGAGAAAACUGCAGUCCUUCAGGAAAUGUGCACAAAUGUCGGCGUGUCGGUGCAGGAGGAUAAGGAUGUGAGAUAUCGUCUCUCCUGACUAAGAUGCGAUACCAUCUAAGAUCACUUCCCAAGGUAAGGUCUAGUCUUGGAGCCACACCAUCAUAAGAUGUUUCCUGGAAUCUUCUUCUUCUUCUAAAACCUGCCACCAUGAGCCUUUUUGGUGGACGGAGCAAAUUUUGCCAUCAGCCAGACCCAAGCCCCGAUAAAUGGAAUACGUCAGGAAGGGCAUCUGGCGUAAAACCUGUGCCAAAUCGAUAUACAGACAGUGAAAGGUCAUCUGCUGUGGUCGACCCUUUUUUCCCCUCUCAUCAUUCAUUUCUUUAUCAUGCAAUUCAGUUUUCGCCUUGGGAUCUUUUCUUCAUGUCUAAAAAUCUAGUCAUUUAAAAACAGCAAGAAAUUCACCACAGUUUUUGUCCAAAUGUCAUGAGCUCUUUGUGUAGUGACUCACAACGCCUGUUUUAUACAUCUGUCAGGUUCUCAGAUCUGCCCCUGUGCAGGUGUAAAGCUCCUCUGUCCACUUUUUAUUCCUCAUAAUGGCAAAGCGCCUGGGUGUAAAUGUGCACCAGCGUCCUCUAGCGGUCACGAGCAGAACCGCAGUGACGUCUCAGUGUAAACAGUCAACAUUUUUCAAUAAGAUCAGUGAGUUCAGAUAGGCAGAAAUAUUUAUAAAACCUUACUUUGUCUUUUUAGAAUUUUUUAAAAAAUCCUUUUCUUUUUAUAAAUAUGAAAAAAUGUUGUUUUCAGCUGUAUAUAUUCAGAAGUACUUGCUAUUUGUAUUGUAGUAUUUAUUUAAUUUUUACACUAAUUUAAUUUUAGGAAACUCAGCACUCCGAGCAAUCACAGUUAAACACUGAGUUAAAUUUCUGUUCUGUUAAAGAGGCAGUCAGGUUUACACUCCUCCGCUCCAAAAUAAAAUCGUAUGUUUUAUUUAAUAUUUUAUUUCUAUAAUGGCAUCUAUAGGUAUCCAUCCAUCUGCAGGCAACUAAAGAAUGAUUGGCAUGCUUCAUGAAAAUUCAUUCAUUCAGUUAUUUUCCUUCUGUCGCAGUGACAGCAGGCUGGGAAGGAUCAGGUCAGGAUCCCCAGAUGUUCCCAAGCCAGCUGUGAGAUAUAAUCCUCAUGGGUCUGCCCUGGGGUCUCUGUCCAGUGGGACGUGCCUGGUACAGCUUUAGAGCGAGCCAACCAGGUGGAAAAAGAAACACCUUCUACUGGUUCCUGUCAAGUUUGAGGAGCAGCAUCUUUACUCUGAGGAUCUCCCCAGAAGGUCUGGUCGAGUUCUUCACCCUAUCAUGGAGAAUAAACCCAGCCGCCCUGAAGAGGAACCUCUACUCCUUCGGACACUACCACAGCUCGUGACCGCGGCUGCUGACUAUGUGAAGGCUCACCUUCCCGAGGCUCUGAGGCAACACCUGCAGGCUUACGAGCGCGAGAAGAAGGACAGCCAACUGUCGUACGCCUCCAUCCUGGAGCAGCGCAUCCUCGCUGUAGACCGGGACAUGGUGGAGAAGUUCUCCGCCUCACACGAGGAAGCGGGCACUACGUGUUUGGUGGCUCUGCUGUCUGAUCGAGAGCUGACGGUGGCGAACGUGGGCGAUUCACGCGGCGUGUUGUGCGAUAAGGACGGUAACGCCGUGGCUUUAUCUCACGACCACAAGCCCUAUCAGCUGAAAGAGCGCAAGAGGAUCAAACGCGCAGGCGGCUUCAUUAGUUUCAACGGCUCGUGGCGAGUGCAGGGCAUCCUGGCCAUGUCACGCUCGCUGGGCGACUACCCGCUGAAGAACCUCAAUGUUGUGGUGCCCGACCCUGAUGUGCUGACCUUCAACCUCGACAAACUACAGCCUGAGUUCAUGAUCCUGGCCUCGGACGGCCUGUGGGACGCGUUCAGCAAUGAGGAGGCGGUGCGCUUUGUCCGAGAACGCCUCGACGAGCCGCACUUCGGAGCCAAGAGCAUUGUGUUACAGUCAUUCUACCGCGGCUGCCCCGAUAACAUCACUGUCAUGGUGGUGAAGUUUAAAAGCACCAAAAACGGAGACUAGUGUUUUAUUUUUCCUUUCGAACUUUUCUAUACGAAUAUGAAUCCACGCUUCCUAAGAAUCUGAUCGAUUGUUUUUCCAACGUGCCAAAUGGACGACCUUUUAAACGUUUCCAUAAUUUAACCCGACUGACAUUUAUCUGAAGGAGACGUGCCAAUGAACUGGCAAUUGACCAUGCAUCUAUUUUUUUAUUUAAUAUAAAAAUAUCAAGUUCUGCCUGAACAUAUCAUAUGGGUCUCGAUUAAAUUACAUGGAUGCUGCCUGUGAUCUGCUAACCCCCAUGCUUGGGUUAAAACCAGUCCUGGUGAUUAAAAAGAAAUCAAGAAAAACA